AUGCUAUCACAACCUAUGACCCACCAGAACAUUGUUAUUAUCUCACCAAAUGGCAUCAAUGUUCCCCAAACAGAGAAACCCAUGCCUACCAACCAGAAUCGGAACAAUCUGUGGGGGUGUCUAAAAUCAGAAAUCAAAACUAUUGGGAUUAUCCAGAUCAUGUGUGGAGUGAUGGUGUUGAGCCUGGGAAUCCUUUUUGUGUCUGCUCCGUACUCUUCAGAUUUUUCUGAUACGAUUUACCUCCUGUUGAAGACUGCACACCCUUUCUUAGGCGCUUUGUGUUUUAUCACCUCUGGAUCUCUAUGCAUCAUUGCAGAACGAAAAACAACAAAGAUUCUGAUUCAAUGUAGCCUGGCUUUUAAUAUUCUGAGCUGUUUAUCUGCUAUCGUGGGUUUCGUUAUCCUCUCCAUCAAACUGGCUGCUUUGGGUACAGUUUCCUGGAGAUGCCACUUGAAUGAAAAGGAUAAAACAACAACAGAAUCCUAUUAUUAUCGCCAAGAUAGUGACGCUUACUGCUCCAUGACCACUAUUAUUCUGGCUGGAACUUUGUCUUUGAUGCUGAUUUCCACUCUGCUGGAGUUCUUCCUCUCUGCUCUCACUGCUGGGAUGUGGUGGAAACAGCUUCAAUCUGGUUUUUCUGGGAGUGUGCUUUUCCUGCCCGACAGUCACAAGAAUAAAUUCUCAUCACAUACUAAAGUUGAGUCUUCGUAUGAAGAACUAUUAAAUUAGGAAAUAUAAGUCAAUUUCUCAGAAGUCUGGUGUUGAUGAGAACAUGUGUAAGCCAACCAA